GGACUGUAUUUUGCGUAUUUUCGACGCGUUCUGUUAAUCGUUGGGUUUCGUUCGAGUACUCUGAAGAAUAUUCACAACAAUCAACAUGCCGACGACCAUAGAAGAUUUACCUGACGAAAUGCUGGUGGAAAUUUUCUCAUUUUUGGAAUUUGAAGAUUGCCUUGCCGCAACAACUGUUUGCCGGCUCUGGUCCGGAUUGGCUCUACGUUGGAAUGAGCUACGAGUGGAUCUGGAAUACAAUGUGGAAAACAAAAGCUUUCGCACUCUGUUAGCUAGUUCGAGACCAUACCGACACUUUUCCUUUGAUUGUAGCUGCCCUUGUGUAGAUUGGGAUGAGCCGGCUCAAAUUUUGGCUAAAUUUUCGUCAACGAUUGAAAUUUUGGAGAUUUCUACCAAUAAUUCAAACAAGGAAUUUCCUGAGUUUCUAGCAAAAAUGACAACUUUGUGUACAAAUCUGAAGCGUCUUGCAAUUGAGUGGAACGAAUCAGAGCCAUCUGGACUCGAAAUUAGUUUUCAACCACUGAAUGAUUUGAGCGAUUUGUAUUUGAGUCUCUGCGAUGAAAGCUUAUUAGAAAUUGACUUCCGGAAAGUGACACCGAAUAUAACAAACUUGCACUUAAGAACCGAUCUCAAUUUCAAGCGAGCUCAUCAAAUUCUGCAGCAUUUUAGCCCUCGAUUGAAAGAGUUGAAGGUUUCGUUUUAUGACGAGGAUCGAUUUAAAACUGUUUGUGAAAUGAAUUUCCCUCUGUUGAAAAAGUUGCAUUUUUUGCACUGUAGUUCCGGUCAAGAUCAUGAUUGGUCGCUCAAUUUGUUCUCGAAGUUUUUCCGGCGAUGUGCCAAUUUGGAAGACGUUACCCUUCGAAUAUGUACCAACAUGAAGGUGCUAGAAAGCAUAGCACAGUUUUGUUGUAAUCUGCAGAGCCUUUGCUUUGACAUUCCCGAGUUACCCGAAGACUUUUUCCGGUGCCUUAGUGAAAUGCUGCCUUAG